CGAAAUGCCCUGCAGCGUCAAACUUGUCAGCACUGCCAUUAGCUGCCAAAAACAUCUGUGUGCAUUUAAUUUAAAUUGGCCCAACUUAUUUAAAAUACGUGAAGCAAAGCUUUUAAUUUGGUAAUUUCGAUGCAACUUUGCUCUGGAUUGUGUAUCGUGCAAACUAAAAAUUUAGCAAGCAAAAACCGCAAAUUUUAAAUCAGCCUACAUUGUUAAUCUAACCUCAACCUUCCGCUGGUUGAAAACUAUCGCACUUGCACGCCUUUGAAUUUAAUACGGAUUGCGAAUAACGUUUGGUGAUAAAAUGUCUAUCGCAGUGGAAUGCAAAAAACUGUGCUUAUUCCGCUGUAUGCUCGCACUAACAAAUAGUAUUACUAUGCAAUGCCUGUUGCUUGGUAUCUUCCUUUUGUUCAUCAACUUCCAGGUGCUGCAUCCUGUGCGUUGGAUAAGUGAGACGAUAAGCUUACUUUUUUCGCUCUACACUUGGUUAAGCAUUUUACCACUAAAUGGAGCAAUUGUGCUAUAUGGCAUACUGUUGGGAAAAUCCUUUCUUUCCGUGAAACGCUACUACCCUACAAGAUUCCAAUGGUUAGUAUACACAGCGCCACGCAAAGUUUUGUUCCUCGUACUACAUCUUCUCAUUGGUUACUUGAGCGCAUGGUUGUAUUCUAACUUUUGGCAUGUGGAUUACCGUAAUAUUGAAAGCGAUUGCUAUGGCACAAAGUGUAUCAACGGACGUUAUAUGUUUCUCUUAUGUAUUGGGUUUUUUGCUGCGUGUCUACAUUUUACCCGAGAGAAUUUGCGUACUGAUCCCGAGUUGGAAUUCCCCAUUGAUCAGGAGUUAGCGGUGAUACGGAUUCGUUCGUUAAUGUAUAGGACGCUUUAUAAUUCACUAUUGGCAUCUAUUAUACCUACAAUAUGUUUUGGACUCGUUUUUUGGCUACUUGGAGGAAUAAUUACACGUUAUUUUGCUACUGUGUUCGGCUUAGAUGUUGAUGAAAGUACACUGACAUUCUUUGCACUUGCUGGAAAUGUGCGCUUACUGUUUUAUGGUUGGAUAUUAACAGCGCAAAUACUAAGUAAUAUGCAUCUCAUGCAAAAUUUCUUCGCCAUACAUCUUUCGGAGGAGGUAUCUUUUGUGAUUGAGCGCAAACCAGUUUUGUGCGGUAUGGAUGCUGAAGAAAUAACAUUGGUUGAUGCACUCAAUUGUUCCAUAGUACCGAUCGUGCAAAGCUUAGGCGCACGAGAUUUAUAUAAUAUAGCCCUUAAUAGUGCAGAAUCAAGGCGGAAGGAAAUUUUUGCGCUUUCAGUACCAGGUGCCCAUCCAUACAAUUGGACUCAAUUGUCUGCACAGUGCUUAAGUCUAAUUAAUGCAUUUACCGAAGAACUAGCGGCAUCACUCAAAAAAAUUUCUGUCGUUAAAACAACACCACUUUUUGCUACCGUUAAGCCCACAACUGCAACCGAAGCUGCUGAGAAAAUAUUAUUGCGUCAAUAUAAUGAGACCUAUGGUAUCAGGCGUAUGAUGACGGAAAAGUGCGCAGAAAACACCGAAACCACCAAAACUAUGUCACCUGCGUGCAAGCGUAUACACGAUCAGAUAGAGAAAAUGAAAAAACAAUUCGAACAAACAUGGCGUGCUAUUUUCCGUGCAAUACCCGGUCUCUUCUAUAUGUUUGGCGAACCUGAUGGUGCUAAAACCGCCUUUCUACUUUCCAACUCAGACACAAUUUUAAAGGUGGUACAAGGUUUGGCUGGCAUUUGUGCAGCCUCACUGAACGAAGACAAAUAUGGCGUGGUGCAGAUGACACUACCACAAAUAAUCAAAACUUUGCUAACACUAAAAACCGAAUUGGAUAAAUUGAACAAUGUAAACUUGAAUGGCAAAAAAUUAGAUCGCAAUUACAUCACACUCAAAAACGGUGUAAAACGUAGUUUGUACAAUAUCUGCACAGUUUUUCGAGACUAUUUACCAGAUCUCGUUGACAGUCGCGAGGAUCUACGAAAACUGCACUGCUAUGUUAAUUAUGUGGAGACUUAAAUUAAGUUGUUAAAUAAGUUGAGUGCUUGAAAAUUAGAUUUAGAACAAGGUGAACUGAAAAUUUAAUUUUUUACUUUGAGUAUUUAUUAAAUCAUAACCUUAAAAUAAAAUUAAGUGUAUUAAGUGCUGUACAAGCAAGCUUUGAUAAAGUUAUUUUUGUAAUGCAAAUGUAUCAUUAAAUAAAAAAAAAUUAAUUGUCCAUAUACUAUAUGUGUACAAGUAUGUAUGUUAUCCAUCAUAUGUAUGUAGGUUCUAAUCGUUAGUAAUUUAAGCUUUUAAAGAACUGCAAUCAUUUUGCAAUCAACUGCAGAUUCUUAACCAUGGUAGGUAUCGUAACCAGUGUCUCUUUAUCGAUCCAGCUACAAUAACUGGUCUAUGGAAUCUCACAAAAUGCGGCACCUUAUGGCGCUACAACAAAUUACCAUUUUACUUCACUUUUUUGUGAAUAGCACAAAAGGUUUGGCUGGAAUUUGUGCUGCCCCACUGAACGAAAACAAAUAUGGUGUGUUGCAAGUGGUGACGCUACCGCUAGUAAUCGAAUCUUUGCUAACACUGCAAAACGAACCAAUAUAAACUGGAAUGGCAAAAAAUUUGUACGAAAUUUCAUAGUACGCAAAAAUGGUGUCAAACGUAGUUUGUGCACAGUUUUUCGAGACUAUUGGGAAGAGUUCGUUGAUAGUCCAGAGAAUCUGCAGAAAUUGCAGUGGCAUGUUGAUUAUGUGGAGACUUAAAUUGAAUUAAUAAAUAAGCGGAGUGCAUAGAAAUUAAGUUUAGUAAAGUUAAGUAUGUCUACUGUCAAAGCAAACUUACAUGAAGCUCUUUAUGUAAUAUUGAAUAUAAAAUUUAAUUGUCUCUCUGUUAUAUAUGAAUGUUACCAUCAGUUUAACUCAACCUAAGUGUAUUGUAAUUGUUAGUAAUUUAAGAUUUUAAAGAUUUGUAAUCAUUAUUUGUGGGUAAUGCAAGUUUGGCUGGAAUUUGCGCUGCCUCACUGAACGAAAACAAAUGUGGUGUGGUGCAAGUGACACUACCACAAGUAAUCAAAUCUUCGCUAGCACUGAAAAUCGAAUUUUACAAUGUUAACUAGAAGCGCUAAAACUUGGAUUGGACUUUUAUCACACGCAAAAAAGGAGUAAAACGUAGUUUGUAAAAUAUUUGCACAGCGUUUCGAGUCUAUUUACAAGACAGUUGACAGUCCUGAAGAUCUACGGAAACUGAUGAUAUACGAAAUUACGUGGAGACUUAAAUUAAAUUGUGAAAUAAGCUGAAUGCUUGAAAAUUAGGUUUAGCUUAAAGCAAAACUGAAAAAUUGAAACAGCUAAAGUGAACUGAAAAUCGAAUUUUAUUUUAAGUAUUUAUUAAAUCAUGCUCAUGAAAUAAAAUUAAGUGUAUUUACUGUAAAAGCAAGCUUUGAGAAAGCUAUUUAUGUAAUACAAAUAUAAUAUCAUGGAAUAAAAAAUUUAAUUGUCCAUAUCCUAUA